AUGUCGUCAACACAGGAGCCUGAAGCUCCAGCUCCAGCACGGAAUCCCGAAGCGCAAGCUCCCUCCGACACCGCGACUACGAAUCCAGAGCUCGAUCUCCCCAAGCUUCAGUCACUCCCCGCCGAACAGCAGGAUCUUUUCCUGCUCACUUAUGUCUCGAGCUUGACGAAGCACGUCCUUGACCUAGCAGAGGAUGAUUGCACAGCACAGCAAUUCUAUCUCAAGAAGGAAAUAUUCCAGAUAAUCAGCCUCUCUUCACCGCAGCCUUCUCGAGUCAUCCGGAAUAAUUUGGGGAAGUGCUUAGCACACAUCUUCGGAAUUGGAGACAGGAAGCUUCUCUUCGAAACGAUCAACGACUUGAUCGCCAUUAUAUCGAGUGGAAAGUCAAAGUCCGAUGCUGAGAUACGGACCAAGCAUGCGGCUAUAGUCUGCCUAGGCGAUGUGUUCGCUUCUGCUGGCGAUAGCGCCAUUGGGCUACACCCCCUUGCUUGCUCAAGCUUGCUCAAGCUUCUCAAGUCGUCCUCGAACAAUGCUGGAAUCCGUGCAGCAUGCCUUACCGCUCUUGGAAAGAUCGUUAGUAUGGUUGAAGGUAGCAUGGACGAAGUGAUUGCGCGUGAUAUCUGGAAACAAGGACGAAAUCAUGCUUCAUCCGACAAAGGCCAUCUUGUCGUUGCUUCCGCCUGUCGGGCUCUCAAAACAUUGUUCAGGCACACGCCUUAUUUCUUAUACUCGAGUGACCUGGACAAACUCGAGACUGCAAUAUCCAAAGCAUUUGACUCUCCUUCAGUCCAAGUCCGACUGGCUGCAGCAGAGUGCUUUGCCGAAGCCCUGUUCCAGGGUCAUUCGGAGGGCGGUCCACCAGAGGUAGCGUCACCAAAGGGAAAAAAGAGCAAAAAGGCACUGAAACGCCAGUCCACGAUACCUAAAAUUGCCGAUGAUGAGCUGGACAUUCCCUCUAGAUCAGCGAGCCCAGCUCCUUCAGGCAAGCGCAGUCAAGUGCUAGCUCUGUCUCUGACGGAUAUCCUCAAGAACCUGGCAUCCCAAUAUAUAAAAUCGACAGCCUCAAACAGAAUCCGAACAGCCAUUGGUGUGUGCUAUGGCAAGCUUUUCAGGCGCCUAGGAGAAAAGCUUGUCGAGACAAACUAUCUCAAAAUAGUCGAGAGUCUCGCGAUAGAUGUGCUGGGUCACUCUACAAUCGCCAACAAUCGAUAUCGACUUCUUAUUUCCAGAAAUAUAGUCGACGUUGUUAUACAGGAUGUCAUUGGGCGUAAGAUUUUGGGAGAGUCUGGCCAAAUAUCCGCUGCAAAAUCUCUCAUCAACAAUAUCUUCAAGAACUACCCUCAAGCUCUAGCAGAAAGGCCAGAGCCUUCUAAGCAUACUCUGAUCGCGACGCUGAGCGCUGUGUCUUCGCUUAUCCAAUCACUAGGAUCUGCGGCAAAUACCUUCGCAGAAUCAUGUCGAGAUGGUCUCUUGCAAGUCUUACAACAUUCCAGUUAUACUGUUCAGGUAUUUGCAUCUCACUGCAUGAAGACGCUUGUCCUUGCCUGCCCCCAACAGCUUCUUCCUUGCCUUUCUGUUUGUAUGAACAGUCUGAACCGAGAACUAUCCCUUCUCGGAUCGGGACGUAAUUCGCCUAGAAGAUGCAUUGGAUUUGCUCAUGGACUCGCCGCGACUCUGAGUGCAAGCCCUGCUCGUCCACUCUAUGGGUCAGUUGAGAUCAAUAGUCGCGUGUUGACUAUUGCGACAAAUAUGUUGAAAUCGAGCAGUCAAGCGCAGCUCAGGGUUGCAAGCACACAGAUUCAAGUCGCUUGGGUUCUUAUUGGAGGCUUGAUGUCCUUGGGGCCAAACUUUGUCAAGAUACAUCUAUCACAGCUCCUUUUACUUUGGAAGAAUGCGCUUCCAAAACCCCUCGCCAAAGAUAAUACAUCAGCCCGAAGUUUCCUAGAGGUGUCGUUCCUGACACAUGUUAGAGAAUGCGCGAUGGGCUCAAUUUUGGCCUUCCUCGAAUUCAACAGUCGACUUUUGACUGUGGAUGUGUCAAAGAGAAUAGCCACCAUGCUCCAGAACACGACGGCCUUCCUGAGAACUCUGCCGUUUAAGAAGAUCUCUGACGACGUCAGUCAGCGACUAGCCCCUGCUCUACAGCUCCAAGAUCUUGAGAUGAUGGUUCAGCGCAGAGUCUUGCAAUGUUACGUCAGGCUCGUCAACCUCAGUCCUGCUGGUGGAAGCGAGGCACUCUUACAGUCUAAUUUGCUGACGCUAGCGAUUUCACUCUUCGCCGACCCGGAGAACUAUGCACCAAACUCUUUGAGUGCCUCGAUUGCGAACGCAGCCGCUACAUUCGAGUCUGUCUGGGAUGUGGGCGACAACUCGGGUUUCGGAAUUACUGGCCUUGUUGCUGGCCCCCGUGUCAGAAAGCUCCCUGGGCAGCAGGAAAACUCCGAUGAUGGGAACACAGAUGAGCUCGAUAGUCCAGAAGACAUGAUAAAUAACCUCCUGCGCUCGCCAAUCUGUGGCAGUUUAGAGCAUGAUGCAUCUGUCCUGUAUAUUGGCAGUACAGACUCAUUUUUUUCAAGUCCUGAUCCUCCUGCCACAGAGGUCAUCAAUGCGGCUAUUCAGCUGUUUGCAUUCGCCUUCCCACUCACUCCUGGCAAGGUUCAGGAGAGUAUACUCGAACAGAUUCGAACAUUUGCGUCUGCUGGCACCCUGAUCAGAGAUCCUGGGCGCAAGGCCGCCAUCAACGUCAACCUUGCUGCGGCCAUUCUCGCUACCAUGAGGGUAGCUGUGAAAGAGACGAAAUCGCCUUCCGGUGACAUUUCGAACCAGGCAGUGGAAGCGUUGCUCCAAGAUAUCGUUCGCGACUUUGUCCUUGACCCAGACGAACAUGUCAGAAGCUUGGGGUACGCUGCAACUGCUCGCUUAUGCAAUGUGUAUGGAAAUGGCUUUACGAAUAAUGAGAUCAAGUACCUAGUCGAUACCAUUGUGGGCAACCGUGAACCUAGUGCGAGAGCGGGCUGUGCUAUGGCACUUGGGUCAAUCCAAACUCAGGUGGGUGGCAUGGCGGCCGGUUACCACCUGAAGACAAUCCUCGGCAUCUUAAUGUCUCUCUGCAAUGACCCUCAUCCGGUGGUCCAUUUCUGGGCACUCGAAGCACUAUCACUCGCAGCUGAUGCCUCGGGGCUAAGUUUUGCUGGCUACGUCCCCAGCACUUUGGGUAUGCUUGUUCAGCUUUAUGUUUCAGAAACCCAUCAUGCCGAGAUUUCCUCUGCAAUUACAAUGAAUCUCGAGCUCGAACUUUCCACGACAUCUGCUAUCGCUCGUUGUGUUGAUUCCCUCAUCAACGUCCUCGGUCCUGACCUACAGGAUGCCACGAAGUCAAGAGAGCUGAUAUUCACUCUUGUUAACCGUUUCCGUGAGGAGGAUGAUUGGCUGGUGCAGCGGGCUGCGCUGGGCUGUCUAGAGCAUGUGUCGCUUUACGCCCCUGGACACAUGCAGUUCGCUGACUACGUCAAGUUGCUUCAAAAGUACUUGAUGUUUGAAUCAACAACUUUACGAGAUGUAUCAGUGGAUGGGAUACACAACAUGAUGAAACGGAAUCCACAGGACGUCCUCAAAGAAGCAGAUGCCGGGUUUGAGGAACAGCUUUGGCUAGUCCUUGACACCGUUCCGUCUCAUGACGGGAUUCGCAAUAUCAUCCGCAACUGGAUGCAUCACACAUGUCUUACGGAGACCAACGCUUGGCUUCAGAGAUUCCAGGCUGUACUCAAGAUGACAAGAGCACGACCCAAGGCAGAAGAUACUCAAUCUGGGUCUAAAGGCAGCGGCGUACCCGACUUGCAAGACGAGGAGGUUGCUGGGUUCGCUGCUGCAGCUGGUGCUGCUAAAGAUGAGAAGGAAACCAAGGCUACCUCUGAAGUUGAGCCUUUAAGAUGGCAAGUAACGACUUUUGCACUGAGCUGCAUCGAUGAGAUGUUCUUGAUGAUUGCAAAGGAUGUGACUACCAAUGGAGAAUCCAAAGCCCAGAGCGAUCUUCAAGGCAAAGUUGCAGAUGUUGUUCGCAUGGCGUUCUCGGCGUCAACCUCUGGUGUCCUGGAACUCCGUAUCUGGGGCCUGAAAAUCAUAGGAGACAUACUCAAGAUGUUUGGCAAGACACCCGAUCCAGACUUUGAAGAGGCGAUGUUGCUGGAGCAGUAUCAGGCUCAGAUCAGCUCAGCUCUUACCCCAGCAUUCGCAGCCGACUCAUCGCCUGAACUUGCUUCAGAAGCAGUCAAUGUAUGUGCUAGUUUCAUCUCAAUCGGUAUUGUCACCGACGUGGAUCGCAUGGGUAGGAUUCUCAAGACUCUUGUAAGCGCUCUAGAGAAUUUCUCCAAAGAUAGUGAGAAUGCUGCGAUUGGUGACCUGAAAAGUCUGAGUUCCAAUGCGCAGGUCAUGGUAAAGAUAUCGGUGUUCUCUGCUUGGGCGGAGCUCCAGGUUGCAAGCUCGGGGCAGAAAUAUCUUCUGGAUGUGCUUAGGCCUCACAUCGGCACAUUGACGCCCCUUUGGUUGGAGUCACUUCGUGAGUUCGCACGGCUUCGAUUCGAGCCUGACAUUUCUAUGACCUUGGGGCCCCCUUCACUCUCUGGGAGUCUCGACACCAUCUAUGCAGCCCUGAACCGCGAGACAUUGCUGCGGUUCUACCAGGAUGCCUGGUUGAAGUUGGUAGAUGCGAUUGCCAGCUUGAUCGAACAGGAUAGUGAAUUUGUGUUUGACGCCCUCGAUGGAAAGGAAUCGGAUGGUCCCUCAGCGAGCGGCCAGAGCAAGAAUUCCGACAUCAAUUACAGAGACGAACCUGUGGCAUUCUUCUUUGUUCUGUUCGGUCUGGCCUUUGAGGCGCUUGCCACGCGUUCUGGGCAAAGCGAUUCUCUGGCUACGCACGAACAGACGCUAGCCAUCCUCCAAGCCCUCAAGAAGAUCCUCCACCCGAGUGUGUCCGGCCAUGCUAUCUACAGGCCGGAUGUGUUUUCCGAGACCAUGGACUUACUGGAUCGUCUAGUGCUCACCGAGAGCCUCGACGUUCAAGGUGUGAUCGUGGAGAUCGCGAGCGUUCUGUGCAUUGCGCACCCUUCUGCAAGGAGACACGCCACUGAAGAGGGUGACCUGUCUGAUGAUAUCGACCAACUCUUUGAGCUGACGCGAAUCAUCGUUCUCGUUCUUACAGGACUUCUUCCUAACCUUUCCGAGGGAAACCAACCAGCCAGACACCAGAUGAACGAAGAAGCCAUUCUUCUCAUACGGUCAUCUCUCAACGCGCUCGUGGACGCCGCAGAGGUCUUUCCAGCUAUCAUCAAAACCGAUCUGCAUGCGUGCAUCAUACACAUCUUUGCCACAAUUUUAUCAACGCCUGGUUGCCAGGAGCUCAUCGUUCCACAGUCCCUGUCCACACUGAAGCGUUUCGUCGGUAGCAUGUCCAAGUCAAGAAGGAACCACAGCAAUGGCGAGCCAUCUUCCACAGAUGUUCAGUUGCAGGGGUGCCUACGCCGAUUCCUGUCGAUAUACCUCAACGCACAGAAGCGUGAGGCUCCUCAAUCCCUUACUUGUGUCAAGAACUGUCUGUUGGCUACGACAAUCCUCUUUACCGGAGGCCAGAAUCACCUUCCAGCUUCUGAAGCUCUUGUGGCCCGUUAUCUUGAGGAGUUGAUGGACUGUCUCACUGAUCGAAUGACUGCCAAGAUCGCGGCCAACUGCAUUAAGUCGCUGCUGCUCCAGCCAUCCCAGACCAGUGCUGAUCUCAGCAUUGCUCGUUACCUGUUUCCCCGACUCGUAGCCUUUGUGACCGAUACGGACCCUGAGGAUCCCGAGAAUGCUCGAUCCUUAAUCGCACACACUCUUUGCCAAUACGUGGGCACGGGCGUCAGGGGUCGACAUUUGGCGGCUAUGGCAGUGGUGAUCCCAACAUUGAUGGCCCGAGCAACAGCUGAGGGUGAGGAGGUAUACCAAGAGACUAGCGCACGAUUACUCGAGCUUGCCGCGAUCGAUCAGGAGACGUUUAGAGCAGUAGUAGGCGGCAUAAGCGAUGGCCAAAAGGGGUUCCUCGAAGAGGUGAUUCGCUUCGGCCGGCAAACCACUGACCAAGUGAGCAAGGCUGCAACAGCAGAGUCCGGGCAGCCAAGUAUUGCGUUGAAGAUGGACUUCGGAGGUUGA